GCUGCGGCGAGCUCCGUCCAAAAGAAAAUGGGGUUUGGUGUAAAUCUGGGGGUGUAAUGUUAUCAUAUAUCACGCUACCUCGUAAAACCGACACUGAAAGCUGCCGGACAACAAAUCACAGGUCAAAAUUAUGAGUUCUUCGUAUUAUGUGAACGCGCUUUUUAGCAAAUAUACGGCGGGGGCUUCUCUGUUCCAAAAUGCCGAGCCGACUUCUUGCUCCUUUGCGCCCAACUCACAGAGAAGCGGCUACGGGGCGAGCGCCGGCGCCUUCGCCUCGACCGUUCCGGGCUUAUACAAUGUCAACAGCCCCCUUUAUCAGAGCCCCUUUGCGUCCGGCUACGGCCUGGGCGCCGACGCCUACGGCAACCUGCCCUGCGCCUCCUACGACCAAAACAUCCCCGGGCUCUGCAGUGACCUCGCCAAAGGCGCCUGCGACAAGGCGGACGAGGGCGCGCUGCACGGCCCGGCUGAGGCCAAUUUCCGCAUCUACCCCUGGAUGCGGUCUUCAGGACCUGACAGGAAGCGGGGCCGCCAGACCUACACGCGCUACCAGACGCUGGAGCUGGAGAAGGAGUUCCACUUCAACCGCUACCUGACGCGGCGCCGCCGCAUUGAAAUCGCCCACGCGCUCUGCCUCACCGAGCGCCAGAUUAAGAUCUGGUUCCAGAACCGCCGCAUGAAGUGGAAGAAAGAGCAUAAGGACGAAGGUCCGGCUGCUGCCGCAGCUCCUGAGGGCGCCGUGCCCUCUGCCGCCGCCACCGCUGCCGCGGACAAGGCCGAGGAGGAGGACGAUGAUGAAGAAGAGGAAGACGAGGAGGAAUGAGGGGCCGAUCCGGGGCCCUCGCUGCACCGGACAGUCGGAAAAGCAUCUUUAAGAGACUCACUGGUUUUACUUACAAAAAUGGGAAAAAUAAAAGAAAAUGUAAAAAAAACAAAACAAAAAAAACCCAA